UGUCCAGUGAAACCCCAGAGGAGCAUCUAUUCCUGGUCAGGGAAAGGAUUUUCAAUCCCAUUAUGAAUUUUUCUCCUUGAACCUAAGUUUGGAGCUGAAGCACAUUGGAGCAGUUAUUAAGUUGGCUGGAGGCUUUUUCUUGCCUGUAUCUGAGAAAUAUGAAUUUGGACCAAUUGCAUAAGUAAAAUAAGCAAUAAGGAAGAAAGAGUACACUGGAAAGAGACCCUAGGGUGCUGAUCAUGGUGAUAAAUAUAGUCCACAAAAAUUGAAUAAAGGACUAAAUGCUUGAGCCUAAACAAAAUCCAAGAAAUAAAUGCAGUUGAGAAGUGCCCUGGCAAUGCUAAAGAGGUCAGAAAGCUGGGUGACUGUGACAAAGCAUUUUCAUUUUAAGGAUUGAAUUAUGCAUCUGUGAUCCAGACUUUAAAAAAAAAAAAAAUACAUUGAUACGGAAGUUAAAACCUGUCCUGUUUUCCUCCUGUGGCUGAUAAUUAGCAAUAUCAGUGAAGCAUUGAGAAGACCUGCAGAGUACCCUUCAAAUGAGUGAGCCCAUCAGAGGCCCUUGCCAGCAUGUCACCAGCAAAUAGCUCAUGUAUUCACCCCUCCUCUUUUCUGUUGUUGGGAAUCCCAGGACUGGAAAAUAUGCAGCUCUGGCUUGGCUUCCCAUUCAGCACAGUGUAUCUGAUUGCUCUCCUGGGGAAUGCCACCAUUCUUUUGGUGAUCCAGAUUGAGCACAGCCUUCAUCAGCCCAUGUUCUACUUAUUGGCCAUUUUGGCUCUGACUGAUUUGGGCCUGUCCACAGCAACUAUCCCCAAAGUGCUAGGCAUAUUCUGGUUUGGUUUCAGUGAAAUUGCUUUCAGGGACUGCUUAGCUCAAAUGUUCUUCAUACACCUGUUCACAGGCAUAGAAACGUUCAUGCUUGUGGCCAUGGCCUUCGAUCGCUACGUUGCUAUUUGCCACCCUCUCCGAUACAACACAAUUCUCACCAACAGAACAAUUUGUUUUAUUGUUGGGGUAGGAAUGUUGAAAAAUUUUGUUUUGGUUUUUCCACUUGUAUUUCUCCUUCUAAGGCUGUCAUUCUGUGGCCACCAUGUCAUACCCCAUACCUACUGUGAGCACAUGGGCAUUGCCCGUCUGGCCUGUGUCAGCAUCAAGGUCAACAUAUUAUUUGGAUUAAUUCUUAUCUCUAUGAUCCUUUUGGAUGUUAUUUUGAUUGCUGUCUCCUAUGUGAAGAUUCUCCAUGCUGUCUUUAAACUCCCAUCCUGGGAGGCCAGGCGUAAAGCUCUCAAUACCUGUGGUUCCCACGUGUGCGUCAUCUUAGCAUUCUUCAUCCCAGCCUUUUUCUCCUUUCUGACCCAUCGAUUUGGCCACAAUAUUCCACGUUAUAUCCACAUCCUCCUUGCUAACUUAUAUGUGAUUAUCCCCCCUGCUCUAAACCCCCUUAUUUAUGGGAUAAAAACCAAGCAGAUCCGAGAUCGGGUGGUGAUAAUUUUUUGUAAGGAGGUUUGACUGUGCAUACUUAAUUUGGAGAUAGUCCUCAAAUUUUAUCCCUUUGCAUUCUUCUGAGAGGGGAAAUAUAUGUGUCAUCAAGCUUCAAUAGAGUAAAUGUUUUACAGAAUUUGACACUAAACACAAAAUGUUUCCUUGCUUAUGUGCAGUAUCAAAUUGGAAAUAAAUUUACCUAGAAAAUAUUUGUUCCUAGAUAAAUUAGAAUCUUAUUAUUACAAAAGUAAGUAUCAUCUAUUUCUAUAAUGAAUAUUAAAAUUACGUUUCAGGGAUAAAAUAUUACUGUGGUUCAAGUCAGACAAACCAAGUCAAAAGUUUACUGGAGUCUUAAACUGUACUGGGUGCGUAACCAAAACUAUACCCUCCAUGAUGUGGCUGGGACUCAUUCAAUAAGGUGAAUGCCUAAACAGAACAAAACUUGGAGUCCUCUCUCAAGUAGAAAGGAAUUCUGCCAGUUUCCAAGUAUGUUUAGUCCAGCUACACAUUUUGGAACUGGCAGAAUAAUGACAGAUUGGUUUUAGAGAUCCACUAGGCCCAUUGUGAAAGGGCUUAGAACUCUACUGAUCAGAUGACCUUCAAUGAACCAAUAUUUUGACUAUGGGCUUUUUAAAAAACAUUUUUAAAAAAUUGUUUUUCAAAGUAUGCUACUAAUAACAUGAGAAGUGUAAGCCCCAAACUGGGAGAAUACACUUGUAACACAUAUCAGAAAAUGGAUAUGUGCCAUUAUCAUACAAAGAAAUUUUAUAAGUCAAUACUAAAAGACUAACACUCCAAUUUGAAAGACUAAAAUAAAAAUUUGAAUAAAAAUAUAUACAAAUUGUCCAUUAGUCCUUGAGAAGUUGUUCACUUGGAAAAUGCAAAUUGAAAUCAUAAUGAGUUAUAAGUAUGCACGAAUUAAAAUGGCUAAACUGAAAAACUAGUUCUAGCAAUUAUUAGAAAAGAUAUAGAGCAAGUGCCAAGGGCAAUACACAAUUGAAGAACUUUGGAAGACAGUUAAUUUUUUUUUAUUCAACUAGGUAUUUACAUAUGCAAUAAAGAAUAAAAUAGAAACUUGCUUGUACUAAGAUUCAUAUGGGGAUAUUCAUAGAAACUUUGUGUGUAAUAGCUCAAACUGAAUAUUUAUUAUAAAGUGAAAGAUUUAUUAACAGGAGAAUGCUUUAUCAAAUUGGGUUAUAUCCACACAAUGACAUGGUAUUCAGAAACAAAAUGAACUAUUAAUUUACACACAAAAAUAAAUUUUAUGAGUAUUAUAAUAUAUAAAAGAGGCCAGAAUAAAUGUAUUUCAUUUACAUAAAAUUUUUAAAAAGGCAAACUAACCUCUAAGGUCAGAAAGGUCAGUGGUUGUCCAUGGAAAGAGUACAAAGAGGGAGCACUACAAAGAAUCACUGAGGAACUUUGUCAAAGAUCAAAUAUUCAUUAUGUUGAUUGUGCUUCUAAUUUUGUGAGUGUAUACAUAUGUUUAAACCUUGUCAUCAAAUUCUACAAUUUAAAUAUAUAUAGUUUAUUGUGUUAUAAAUACAUCUUACUAAAGUUCUAGUAAAACCUCUUAGUUAAAGACAUUAAUAACUGGCCCAAGGAGUCACUCUACUUAGAUAUUGUAAGUAUGACAGAAGGUGAGAUAUUGAUCUGUUCUCCACCUGAAGUUGUUGAAAGGGAUUCCACCAGAGCCUGAAUGAGUAUUGUUUAGUGAAACUGUUAUCCACAUACUGUUAUUACUACAAGACGUUGAAAGUGGAGAUAAUACUUUUCUGAGACAAAAUACCAGCCCAAGAAGAAGCACAGAAUGAGGACAGAGAUAUCAUCAUAAAGAUUUGGCAAAGGGAAUAUUUUUAUAAAAAUUUUAUCAAAGUAUGUUUCCUAUAAAAUAUUCAAAAUUGCAUGUAUACAGCUUAAGUUUCUACAUAAAGUAAAUAAAAGUUGUUGUAAUUUGUCACCCCAAAACGGUAUAAAUACAGGAAGUUCGAAGGUACUAGAGCAAUAGCUUGUCUUCUCCCUUUUGGUUACUGCUUCACCAUGUGUAAUCUGCCAUCUGGAUUCAAUAUCAGAGAUUAGCUCUGCCUGUUUUUCUUUUUUAAGUUGAAUAAAUGGAAGGAUAACAGUAUGUAUAUUAUGUCAGGCUUCGUUUAUUUAACAUUAUAUUUCUAAGAGUCAUAUGCUUUCAAUUAUCUUCAUAGUUCUGUCUUCACCACUAUAUGGACAUUCCAAUUUAUGAAAGCUUGAAAUUAUCUAUUCAUUCAACUAUGAAUUAAUGUAUGUUUCCAAUUGGGGAUUAUAAUGAAUAGUGCUAACAUGACGAUCAACCCUAUGUCUGUUGAUGAAUGGUUAGAUGCAUUUCUGUUCAGAAUAUAGGUAGAAAUAGAAUUGAUGACUAUAAAAUAUGAAUUAGUUUAGCCUCAGAAGGUACAGCCAAAUAACCUUUAGAAGUGGUUGUAAAAUUAUGUUUCUAUGGCAAUGGAUAAGAGUGUCAAUUGAUCCACAACAUAUUCAGCAUUGUGCAUCUGCCUCUUUCAUUUUAGCCAUCCUGGUAAAUGACUGCAUAAACUAUCCCAAAUUUUUAAUGAACAUUUUUGUAAUGAUCAGUAAAGUUCAAUAACUUUUCAUAUGUUA